AGUCAAGGGAUUUUUCCUUUUUGGGUCGUCCCCAGAUGCAUGGUCUGCGGGGUGUCUAAUCUUAAUUACGUUUUGAGUAAGAAGGAUUAGUGGUUGCUUCGCCUUGGACCUCAAAAACGAGUGCAGCAGCUCCCCAGUUCUAUCGUCUCACACAAGUCGCAGCUGUGGCGAUGGCGUUCGCAACUCCUGCGCUCAUGCAGCUGCGCUCUGCCCUCGCUCCCUCCACCUCACCUGUUAUCUCCAAUUCCGCCUCGUCCGCUUUGGACCGCUCUCUUCAACGAUGCUUUGUGGGGUGGAAUUCGCUUGCGAAUCUUCAUUCUAGGGGGACCAGAAAGAUCUUAGUGCAGAGAGGUGCUGAGAGGAGGAGUGCCGUGAGACGAGGCUCCUUGAGUUGUCGCGCUGGGUUAGAAGCCCUCGUGUUUGACUGCGAUGGAGUGAUUUUGGAGUCCGAGGACUUGCAUCGCCGAGCUUACAAUGCGGCCUUCCAAGAAUUCCAAGUGCGGAGCCCUUCCUCGUCGCCUGAACCGCUUGUGUGGACCCCGGAGUUUUAUGACGAGCUCCAGAAUACGAUUGGCGGAGGGAAGCCUAAAAUGCGUUGGUACUUUAACAGACACGGAUGGCCGACGUCUACCAUCUUGCCAAACGCUCCGACCAACGAGGACGAGCAAUCAAAAUUAAUCGACACUAUCCAGGACUGGAAAACAGAGAAGUAUAAGAACUUCAUCGGCUCUGGAGAUGUGGAGCCAAGACCAGGAGUUUUGGAACUCAUGGAUGCAGCUCGGGAAAAGGGACUUAAGGUGGCUGUAUGCUCAGCUGCGACGAAAAGUUCAGUCGUCUUCACACUUUCUAAUCUCCUUGGCAAGGAGAGAUUUGAAGGUCUGGACUGUUUUCUGGCUGGUGAUGAUGUGAACAAGAAGAAGCCUGACCCAACAAUUUACAAAAAAGCUUCUGAGAUUUUAAAGGUGGCACCUGAAAAUUGCUUGGUGGUGGAAGACAGUAUUAUCGGCUUACAGGCCGCCUCAGGAGCCGACAUGGCUUGUAUCAUCUCGUAUACAUCGUCCACAAGUAAUCAGGAUUUCUCUGUUGCUAAAGCUGUGUAUCCUAACCUGGGAUCAGUCAAGUUGGAAGAUCUUCUAGAGCUCCUUGAAGGCACACCUGCCACCCUGUGAGGUUUCUUGUAGAACGUGCGCAUGUUGAUUACAAGCAACACACAUCAGGUUCUUCACUGUACUACCAUUUUUUCAUCAAUGUAUUACUAUUGAACUCGUACAUUCUUUCUGGAGCUCAUCUACGAUCCUGCUAUGGUGAAAAUGAUUGGGACAUUGUAAUAUUGUCGUUUUACUGGCAACCGACAUUACGCAUCACAUUCACGUUGGGAUUGGUUUGUAACACCCAAAUAUCUUACCCAUGAUAUAUCGACGAACCGAUGUUGAGUCAUUGUAAUACUCGUCUAUUUUGGCUUUUGAGUGCCAUUCAAACUAUUCAUCACCUGCGUGAUCAUAUGAGAAGUGAAAUAAUUGAGUGUGAAACUGCUACUAACUUCACAAGUAUUCAGCAUGAAGGACUGGCGUCAUUGAUUUAGAGCUUCUGCAUUGGCAACUCUUCCGCUGCUUUUGUUCUCAACCUUUAGUUGUAUAUUUCCUUGCAACCAGCAGGAAAAAUCAACUUCUCUUAGACACUUUGAGCUGCAGAAGUAGAUCAAUUUAUGUAACUUUUGGGUCGAGAAUCUGUAGAGUCUUCAGCUACAGACAUCAUCAACAAGGAAUUCUCCAUUUUCUUGCACAGAUAGAGAGGAUAUUCAGAUGAAGAGCAAGUGAAUUACAACUGAUGUCGAUUAAAAUUCAGGAAU